AAAUUUAAAUAUAACUAAAUCAAUAAAAUGGAACCUUCCAGCAGCACCCAGGAUUUAGAUCGAGCAAUACAAGAACUUGAUGGAAUGUAUCAUGACCUUAAAAGACGAUCUUUGGCGGAAGCGCAACUCAAUCUUCCAGAUUUAAGGAAUUUCAAUGAAGACGAAGAGGAUUAUGAUAUACCUAGGCCAGCCGGAGGAUUUCUAAAUACCCCUGUCAAUCACGAUUCACGCCCGCCCACUUUCUCCACGUUUGGAACUUUCAGAUCGCCGUAUGAUGACGAUAUUCCUAUUAUAAGUCCGAUUCAAGUGAAAGUGCCCAAUUCAAGAGAAUUCGUGGCGAAAUCUUCGACAUUCUCGUCUGGGAGCGAAUAUUCUUCAGGGUUUGGGACCCUUCCACAUCCCAGCGAAAGAGCACAGAUUUCUAUGAUAGAAAUUGAUUUUCCUGGACCUCCAGCAUUUGAACCUCCCGUGCCGCCAUCCAAACCUGAUCCUAAAAGUUCGUCCGAUUCUGAUUAUGAUGAAGUCGCUUCAAACUCAGAUAGUUCGGAAAAUGUCGGUCAUCAACAACCAACUACGAAAAAAGACGAUCCCGGAGAAAGUGCUAUUGUAUACGCACAAGUUCGACGUCCAGACCACUUUUCCUUCAGAAAGUUGGAUGAUGACGAUUAUGACGAGGUUUACGUUCCUCCAACUCAGCGCGACAGUGCAGUUCGUCAAGAAUUCACUCGGGAUGACAAUGGACCGAGUAUACCAAGAUCAACUGUAUUCGAAGACGAAAUCGAAACGCUGAACCAACCUUCAAACACUAGCCCCAAGUCAGAUACAGCUCCUUCACAUUUACCCGCUGUUGUUCAAAUGAAAGAAAUCGACAAUAAAAGCGUUGAUCGAAACAACUCAUUACAGAAGGAAAAUAAAGUAGAAGAACAUUCGUUCAUUACUCCUUGCGUCCAAGUCGAACCUGCUAAAAGUUGGGACUAUAUUGCAAAAGAUUCAUCUAAAGACGUCAUAGAUGCGUCACGUCCGGUAGACGAAAAUGGUAACGUUGUGGACUCUUCGAGACUCGAUACCGAACCUUCUCAUACGGCGAAAGCAAUCGAAGUAGACGGAACGCCGUACUCACCCCAAAGUUAUAAUUCAACGAUGGGAGGAUCUAUGGACGCCGAAGCUCAACGUAAAUCUAUAAGCAAACGCGAAGACUGUCCGUGUGAAUGUCGAUUUGCCGUUCCACUGAUGUCUGCUGCGGUUAUCCUUUGCGUCAUAGCUCUACUGUUCAUGGUCAUCGGAUACGUUUACGUCGGUCUACAAAACGAUAAAUACCUGGAGUCCGCAAAAGAUGAAAUUGACAACGGCUUGAAUAUUGGCGGAAGCGGUAAUGGAACAACUUAAAGUCUUAAAUAUUGGUCUAUAAGACAGUUCAAUAAGGUGACUGCUAGAGGGAAAGACAACACGCCACAGCCAGUAUUAUGCAAACUGUAUAGACUCAAACGAACUAUGGGUAUAUUUUACUUAAGGAGGGCAAAUUGCAACAUUUUGCUUAGGCAGAGUUGUUCACACAUAACUAGUUUUUUAAGCUUUUUUGUAAAGUAAACGCAGAUUAUAAGUUCGACAUCUAGAUUAUGCAGAUUGUUGUGCAGAAGCCUUGAAUAAUAACGGAAUUCACUGAUAAACGAGCUUUUGUAUGCUUUUGUAUGUUUUUCACGCUUCAAACGUUUAAACUGUGAUGAACUAUGUUACUUGUUUGCUUACCGAGGCUGGUAGUUCAUGUAAAUAUACAUACUGUACAAUACUUUCGUUCUUCUUAUAUAUAUACAUGAUUCUUAUACUCUAAAAGGUUGUUAACUUCGAAAUCGUUCCAUGUAAGUCGGUUUUUUCUCAAGUUAUAGAAUGCUUUUAAUAAGAUAAAUAUAUUUAGAGCUAUUUCCAUUCUUUAUAUAGUUCUUUUUUUACGUUAUCCCUUCAAUUAAAACCAGACAAGUAUAACUUUCAAAGUUAGAGAUUGCUUGAAAAUGAGAGAAAUAUGAUUAUAUAUAUUUGUUUUCAAAUGCAUGGACUUGGUGGUGAAGUAAGCCGUAACGACCGGCGGUAAUGUGAACCACUCUACGACGACGAGAAGUGCAUCAAUCCUCACGCGGAUAAUAAUCCCCCACGAUAUUCCAACCUGCCAUGCUGCCAACACAUACAGGAUAAUCAGGGGUGCGGUGGCGAGCGUAUUUCUAACUCUUGACUAGGGCUGGGCAUUUUCGAAUAUUUUGUGAUUUCAGAAUCGAAUCGAAUCGAAUCUCGAAUACUUGGAAAUUUAUAAGAGACUUUUAAUUGGUCCUCUUAACAAAUGAUUUACUGAAGACAUAGAAUACAUCACUCAGAUAGAUUACUGAGCGUUCACACAGAAUAACAAACACGUUUUAUCAAUAACUCACUACAGAAAAUAGUCAUAUAUUAGAAUUGCGUUGA